UCUGAAGUGACCGGAAACCGGAAUAAUUCGACAAAAUCUGAACCUGUCUCACGUAAAAAAGUGAGUCAUUAAAUGUUUUGUUUAGCUUUAGCUUCAUCCUGACCGCCCUUAUUUACACAAUUAAUACCGCGUUUCGGGUUCGUUGGACACGUUAUAUGGUGACAUUUGAGACUACUUUAGCUUGUUGAGCUGUUGUUAGCUUAGCUGCGCUAGUUGGUUCGAUGGGAGCCCACCGUGGAGAGGGAGACCGGGACUGGAUGCAGCAGGACGGCCGGGAACACAACCCGAACCCAUGGAACCUGAUGAUCAAACACAGACACAUUCACAGGAGGGGAAGACGAUCACAAAUGACAGUCAGUUACACAGACCCUCAGGUGUCCAUGGACCUUCUGAGGGCGGUCCUACAGCCCAGCUUCAAUGAUGACAUCAUGGCUGUGUUCAGGAAAUACCAAAAGUUCUUUGAGAAGGCUGCGGAAAACGUCAAGGAGAAUGUUGGAGAGGAGGUCCAGACUGAUCAGCUGAUAAAGGAGGCCUGUAGGAACGUUCUGGAACACGCCAAACUGUUGUUUCCGGAAAGUGACGUGAAGAAGUCCGGCUCAGAGGUGGGCAUCAAGAGGUCCAGAGAAGACGCCUUCAGCCAGAGAGGAAGCCCCGUACCCAAAAAGAGGAAAAACCGAAUCGGUGGUGCAGCCGCGUCAGAUCGUUCUUUGACCGUUUCGAGUCACAACAAGGUCAAGUCUGAAGCCAUCAAGAAAGAAGGACCUAAGUGGGACCCGUCCAGGCUGAUUGAAGGCAGCACGUUCGUUCUGGGCUCCAGAGCCAACAAGGCACUCGGGAUGGGCGGGACCAGAGGACGGAUUUAUAUCAAACACGCUGACCUGUUUAAGUAUGCAGCGGACACAAAGGACAAGCAGUGGCUGGCCGAGCGUCACCAUAUGAGGGCGACAGGAGGGAAGAUGGCCUACCUGCUGAUUGAGGAGGACAUCCAGGAUCUGUCUCGCAGUGACGAGUACAAGGACUGUCCAGACGUCAAGAUGGACGAGAUGAAGCCCUUCACCGUGCCUCCGUGGAUGGUGGAGAAGAUGCAGAGAGCUAUGGAAGCUGACAGAGACUGACCUCUGCAACCCCCCCCCCCCCACCCCCCCUCCAUAACUGAUCAUGUGACCAGCAGCAGGCUGUGAUUGUAAUUUUAAUGUCGGUUUUAAAAGAAACAAAACGUUUGAUCGAUUGACACUUUUAUUAGUAGAUUGCACAGCACAGUACAUAUUCCGUACAAUUGACCACUAAAUGGUAACACCUGAACAAGUUUUUCAACUUGUUUAAGUCAAGGUCCACUUAAAUCAAUUCAUGGUAAGUGGUAAAUGGUACGUGUCAUGUGAAGAUUUAUUCAACUACAUCAGGGGGAUCUGAAGUGCGGCAAACUGAAAUGAUUGUUUAGUGCUAGUAGUGAAGAACUAUUUUAAGAGGGUUCCAUUGAUAAAAAGCUACAUUGACUCUCAGCAGACUUCCAGCAAGGCCUGAAAUGUUUUCCCUUCUAUCCCUCAAGCAACAUGUGGCGCAUUCAGACAUUUUUCUUCUACCCAGUAGCGUUUGAACAGCCAUUUAAAAAAUAAAAAAAAAACCUGUGUAACAUGAUGGUAGAAACCAUUUGUGUACAUCAGUGGUUGUCAAACUUACCACCUCAGAAAAUACUUGGCUCUCCAAGUACCACAAUAACGACCAACAUUAAAACCUAGUAGCAUAGUAGACCUUAGUAUUCAUUAAAAACAAGGCAGAGGUUUUAUUUAACAAGUACAUUUAAUAUUUUAGGCCGCAUUACACACAGUUUGAACAGUAACAAUGUUGGAAAAUAGAAAAAUAAAACAUUGUACUUCAAUCAAGUGAUUCUUUGGCAUACCACUAGAUGGGUACCUCAGUUUGAGAAUCACUGGAUUAUGACACAGCGAUGCUUGUCACUACCCCGGAGACUUACAUCACUGCCUUUCUAGCAAUCUUUUGCGACGUCACAUGUGAUAGUUGAAUGUUUUGAUUUGAAUAAAAAUAACUUAUCUUGUAACAAAGAACAAGAAUAAAAAAACGAACAAGGGGAAGAUUUAACAAAAAUCGCUGCUCUUUCACUCUUCUAUCGUUACAAUGAAUGGGUACGGACUCCCAUCGAGUAAUUUCUUUUUCAAAUGAUGGACUUAAAUCUACACCUGCAGACCUACCAAAAUGUACACUUAUUAUCAGUUUUAGAAAUUAUGUAGGUAAAGUAAUGAAAAAGACCAAUUUCUUUGUAGUUUAACGCUGCUAAGCACAUCGUUCGGGUUUCUGUACAGAUCUGUAUGGUUUCAAAAUACUGUAUUCUUAAAGAACGUUUGUUUUGCACGUUAUCUUUUACAUAACAUUGUUACUGAAAUAAAGAUGACAAAAAAGAAAACCAUGGUACGACCAUAACUGCCGUAAAACAAGUAGACCGGAAGUGGCGUGGUCUUCCGGUGCUGAUCGGGUAGUGACAAUGCUCAAUGCUAAACAAAGUUGGCGUCAUACACAUUUUGAAGGACAUUAAAGACAAUGUGAAAGUCUUUAUUUACAAUAAGAAAACAUUGUAGGUGAAGGAGUGACGUCACUCAAUGCCUUCUUGUUUGUCCUUGAUGGCCACUCUGAAGCGCUCCUCCAGCAGGGACAACUCACUGAUGAGGUCAGUGAUGGCAUUUGUGAAGGCUUC